CGCCUCCCGCCCGCGCCCGCCCGCCCCGGCGCCCCGGCCGCCGCCGCAUGGCGCUGAGAUGGCGGGGGCGCCGCGCGGCCGAGGCGGAGGCGGCGGCGGAGGCGGAGGCGGCGCGGGCGAGCCCGGGGGCGCGGAGCGGGCGGCCCGGCCGGGCGGCCGGCGCGGGCUGCGGGCGUGCGACGAGGAGUUCGCGUGCCCCGAGCUGGAGGCGCUGUUCCGCGGCUACACGCUGCGGCUGGAGCAGGCGGCUACGCUGAAGGCGCUGGCGGUGCUCAGCGGGCUGGCGGGCGCGCUGGCGCUGGCCGAGCUGCUGGGCGCGCCGGGGCCCGCGGCCGGCCUGGCCCGGGGCUCGCACCCCGCGCACUGCGUGCUCUUCCUGGCGCUGCUCGUGGUCACCAACGUGCGCUCGCUGCAGGUGCCCCAGCUGCAGCAGGUCGGCCAGCUGGCGCUGCUCUUCAGCCUCACCUUCGCGCUGCUGUGCUGCCCCUUCGCGCUCGGCCGCCCCGCGGGGACCCUCGCCGGCGCCGUUUCGGGGCCGGCGACCGCCGACCAGGGCGUGUGGCAGCUCCUGCUGGUCACCUUCGUGUCCUAUGCCCUGCUGCCCGUGCGCAGCCUGCUGGCCAUCGGCUUCGGGCUCGUGGUGGCCGCCUCGCACUUGGUGGUCACGGCUACCUUGGUACCCGCCAAGCGCCCGCGUCUCUGGAGGACGCUUGGUGCCAACGCCCUGCUCUUCCUCAGCGUGAACAUGUAUGGGGUGUUUGUGCGCAUCCUGGCCGAGCGCUCCCAGCGGAAAGCCUUCCUGCAAGCCCGGAACUGCAUCGAAGAUCGGCUGAGGCUGGAGGAUGAGAACGAGAAGCAGGAGCGGCUGCUCAUGAGCCUUCUGCCCCGGAAUGUUGCCAUGGAGAUGAAGGAGGACUUCCUGAAGCCCCCCGAGAGGAUUUUCCACAAGAUUUACAUCCAGCGGCAUGACAACGUGAGCAUCCUCUUUGCGGACAUUGUGGGCUUCACGGGCCUGGCGUCGCAGUGCACAGCACAGGAGCUGGUCAAGCUCCUCAACGAGCUGUUCGGCAAGUUUGAUGAACUGGCCACGGAGAAUCACUGUCGCCGCAUCAAGAUCCUAGGGGACUGUUACUACUGUGUGUCCGGCCUCACCCAGCCCAAGACCGACCACGCCCACUGCUGCGUGGAGAUGGGCCUGGACAUGAUCGACACCAUCACGUCUGUGGCCGAGGCCACCGAGGUGGACCUGAACAUGCGUGUGGGGCUGCACACAGGCAGGGUCCUCUGCGGGGUCCUGGGCCUGCGCAAGUGGCAGUACGAUGUGUGGUCCAACGACGUGACCCUGGCCAACGUCAUGGAGGCAGCUGGCCUACCUGGGAAGGUCCACAUCACGAAGACGACCCUGGCGUGCCUGAACGGGGACUACGAGGUGGAGCCGGGUCACGGACAUGAGAGGAACAGUUUUCUGAAAGCUCACAACAUCGAGACCUUCUUCAUCGUGCCGUCACAUCGGCGGAAGAUAUUUCCAGGGCUGAUCCUCUCUGACAUAAAACCAGCCAAGAGGAUGAAGUUCAAGACCGUGUGCUACCUGCUCGUGCAGCUGAUGCACUGUCGGAAGAUGUUCAAAGCAGAGAUCCCGUUCUCUAAUGUCCUGACGUGUGAGGACGACGACAAGCGGAGGGCGCUGAGAACCGCGUCGGAGAAACUGCGAAACCGCUCGUCGUUCUCCGCAAACGCUGUCUACACCACCCCGGGCACGCGCGUCAACAGGUACAUUGGCCGCCUCCUGGAAGCGCGCCAGACGGAACUGGAGAUGGCGGACCUGGACUUCUUCACUCUCAAGUACAAGCAGGCUGAGCGGGAGCGCAAGUACCACCAGCUCCAGGACGAGUAUUUUACCAGCGCCGUCGUUCUGGCCCUCGUCCUGGCCGCCUUGUUCGGCCUCGUCUACCUGCUCAUCAUCCCACAGAACCUGGUCCUCCUGCUGCUGCUGGCCUUCUGUAUCUGCUUCCUGGUGGCCUGCGUCCUGUACCUGCACGUCACCCGGGUCCAGUGUUUUCCAGGGUGCCUGACGAUUCAGAUCCGCACCGUCUUGUGUAUCUUCGUCGUGGUCUUAAUCUACUCCGUGGCCCAAGGAUGUGUGGUGGGCUGCCUGCCCUGGUCCUGGAGCUCCACCCCCAACGGGUCCCUGGUGGUCCUGACACCCAGCGGCCGCAACGCCGUGCUGCCUGCCGCGCCCUGUGAGUCGGCGCCCCACGCCCUGCUCUGCGGCCUUGUGGGUACCCUCCCGCUGGCCGUCUUCCUGCGGGUGUCCUCCCUGCCCAAAAUGAUCCUGCUCUUUGUGCUCACGACGUCCUACAUCCUGGUCCUGGAGCUCAGCGGCUACACCAGGGCCCCCGGGGGCGGCGUGGCGUCGGGGCGCAGUUUCGAGCCGAUCAUGGCCAUCCUGCUGUUUUCCUGCACCCUGGCCCUGCACGCCCGUCAGGUGGACGUCAAGCUGCGGCUGGACUACCUCUGGGCGGCACAGGCAGAGGAGGAGAGAGACGACAUGGAGAGGGUGAAGUUGGACAACAAGAGGAUUCUCUUCAACCUCCUGCCGGCCCACGUGGCUCAGCACUUCCUCAUGUCCAAUCCCCGCAACAUGGACCUGUACUACCAGUCCUACUCACAGGUGGGCGUCAUGUUUGCUUCCAUCCCCAACUUCGACGACUUCUACAUCGAGCUGGACGGCAACAACAUGGGGGUGGAGUGUCUGCGUCUCCUGAACGAGAUCAUCGCAGACUUCGACGAGCUCAUGGACAAAGACUUUUACAAGGACUUGGAGAAGAUCAAGACCAUCGGGAGCACCUACAUGGCUGCUGUGGGGCUGGCGCCCACCACUGGGACCAAGGCCAAGAAGGGCAUCUCCUCCCACCUGAGCACACUGGCCGACUUCGCCAUCGAGAUGUUCGACGUCCUGGAUGAAAUCAACUACCAGUCUUACAACGACUUUGUGCUCCGUGUGGGCAUCAACGUGGGCCCUGUGGUGGCUGGGGUGAUUGGGGCUCGGAGGCCGCAGUACGACAUCUGGGGGAACACGGUCAACGUGGCCAGUCGGAUGGACAGCACCGGCGUCCAGGGCAGAAUCCAGGUGACCGAGGAGGUUCACCGGCUGCUGCGCCGGGGGACCUACCGCUUCGUGUGCCGCGGGAAGGUCAGCGUCAAGGGCAAGGGUGAGAUGCUGACGUACUUCUUGGAAGGCAGGACGGACGGAAACGGCUCCCAAGCCAGGGAGCGGAAAGUGUGUGGCUAUGGGCGAGCCGGCCUCCAGGGCAGACUGGGCACGGGCCCGCCCCCGGUGUCCUCCAUGGCCGGCCUCCCGGUCAGAGCUGGGAUGGGGGCUCUGCAGGGCUCAGGGCUCCCCCCCUGCCCCCAUGGCCAGCACCUGCCCCCCGGAGCAGCUGGGAAGGAGGCUUAGCGGAGCCCACGCUGGCUGCCGGGGGCUCAGGGCACAAAUGUGCGGGGCGUCUGGGCCUCGGGGGCUCCAGCAGGGACCAGCCCGGCCAACAGCAGGGCCGGGCGCCAGCGGCUGGGCUGCGGAAGGGGAGCUGUCCAGGCAUGACCCGAAGCAGCCAGGCAGUGACAGGCCAGGGGCAGCCCUGCCCGCGUGGACUUGAGGCUUUCACGGGACUGUGCUCGCACGGUCCUCUCCCCGGUGGCAGAGAAGGAGCAGCUGCCUGGGAGCGGCCGGGUCAGCGUCAGGCUCUGGGCCCUUCAGGACAUCCUGUGGGGCUGCAGGCUUCCAUUUAGCCAGAGCCGUGGAGCUGUGGCCGGCGGGCGUGAGCACGAGUGUGCCCCUAGGCAGAUGCACCAUGAACCCUGUGUGGUGGGGCCUGCAUGGAUGGAAGCCAGGCCUCGCUCGGCAGGGCCGUGAGGGCAAGAACGUGACCCAGAUGGCUGGGCCCUUGAUGGUGGUUUUGGGGAGAACAGACAAGCCCCCUGUGUGGCUGUGCAGGUGGUGGGGACACCUCCUUCCAGAACGGUCUUUGCUGAGAGCCAGAGGCGGGUCUUCUGGAACUCACAGGCCCCCGAGCCACGUCUCCGCAUCAAGACCAGCGUCCUCCCUGUUCUGCGCUGUGCUGUCCCUUGACCCCUGACGGCACCAGUUCCUACAGACCCUGGCUGUUCUGGUCACCGUGCUGGUCAUCUUGGUCUCCAGUACUUACAACAUGAGCCUGCAUGGAUUUUGAAACAAGUGAACCUCACGACCCAGAGAGAGCUUGGGCGGAAGAACCAGCGGCCGGACGGGGAGUCUCGGAGUGAGUUUCGUGCUGCACGUGUGGGUGUCCGGCCCCCUGCAGGGAACUGUGCAGAGGUCUGGGAGUCACCUAUGUGCGCAGGGACAGACCGAGGACGCCGGGAUGUGCUGCUGGGGGCACAGGGCGGCAGCCGGGGGAAAGGACGGACCAGAAAUACCCGGACGAGACAUUCGGGGGCCUCAGCUCCGACCGCAGGAGGAAGACCAUUUUGGCACCGGAGGGGGUCUGGGCAGACAAGUCCAUCUGGGGACCAGUCCUGACCUGCAGCUCCAGCAUGCAGUGCGGGGGGGCUCUGGGGGACUGAAGCCAGUGAAGGGGCCUGGGGGUCCUGCUCCCGGGGAUGUCCCCAGGCUGCUCCCGCUGGAGGCCUGUGAGGCGUGGCAUGCUCCGUGGGGGGCGACCCUGCCCAGCCGUGUUGCCGGGCGGGGGCUCUGCGGGGCAGUCCGUGCAGGUUCAGGACAGAAGUGGGUGGGUGGACAGCCUCCCUCCUGAGAACAAGCUGUUUGCUGGGCCAGCAACAGCCAUUGCUACAUCUACAAGGUCUCAGUGGCCCGGCCCGCACACCCCCCCCCCCACCCCCCGCCGCCCACAUUUAGAGACAUGGCAUGAUUCCUUCAGGGGAACCUGAGUCACCUCAAGAGUCCUGUGAGCAUGUGGCCCGUGUGCCUGUCUGCACCCAGCUGCAGGGCUGGGGACCUGGCCCGUCUUCCACCCAGGGCAGGUUGGGGGCCAGGGAGCGGUGGACGGCACUGUGGCCUGACCUCGUGAACGUGCUCUGUCACAAGACAGAGGGGACUUUACAGGAAUUGAGGGUACGGGCCUUCAACUGAGGCAGGGUCCUGAGUUCCCUGGGUGGCCCCGGUGGGACCGCGUGUCCCCUCGAAGUGGACGUGGAGGCCGGGCGGUCAGGACGGCCCAAGCAUGAAGCUGUUGUUAAAGAUUCGGGGCCCCGGCCCUCAGCUGGCGGAGAUGGGUUGGUGGCUCCCCAGACACACACGGCAGGUUCCAGAGGCGGGUGGACGCCCAUGGGACUCUCAGUGGCCCUCUGGCCUCGCUGGGCCCAACCCGGGGUCCACGGAACCAGGAGCAGCUGACCUCUGUGACCAACUCCGGCAGCGAGGCUCCCGCCUCCACGAGCGAGCGACCGUCGGUCACCAGCGGCUCAGCCCCACGGCUCCCUGGGGUGCAGGAUCCGUGUGCCACCUCAGCGGUCGCUGUGUGCCAUCUUCCUCCGUACUUGGGAUGGGACUGUAGGAUAUUGCCUUACUUGUUUUUACUCUUGUACAGCGUUCACGGACAAACGUUAGCCUUUCGCGUGGGGUCCUCUCUGAAUUAUUUGAGAUGCUCUGUAAACAGCACAGUGUUUCACACGACACUCCUUCGCUCCCACCAAAAAUGAGAACAGCCCGUCACCAUGCAAAUGACACCCUUUACCCAGAUGUGCGAUGUCCCCAAGGCCCCACGUCUCUGCUUGGGGGGCAU